GGGGGUAUUCGGCGGAUGUCUCGGCUUAACGGGGUUCCGUGGCCUUUGUCCUGCUUUCGGGGGCAGCCAGCCUCAGGCCUUGGGGGUCAGGGCGCCCUUGGCUUGGGGUGAGGGGGUGACAAGCCGGGGCGCCUGUGUUCAGGUUGGCACUACGCUCGGGUCACCUUUUCCUGCGCGCGGAGAAAACCCUCCGCAGCCUUUGCAGUGGGGCCGAGAGGGGGCCGAGGUCACAUCCCGCCUCGGUGCCCCCGCCCCAUUUCCUUCUGGAAUCCUGACGUUGAGGCGGGAGGGACCGGACCAACAGACCGCGGGAAGGACGGAACUCCCUCCGGGAGUGCGGGCAGGAAAUGGGCGGAGCCUGCUUGGCCUGGGCAGGUGCAGUGUGAGCGGAGGAGUCCGACGGGUUCCCCCGGCUGCCGCGCGCUUCUGCACCAGCCCCACCGCUGCAGGCCCUGCAAAGCCCGGAGACCACGGUGCCUGUCCGCUGGAAGGCGCAGCCUUAGAAUAAAUCUUUUCCCACAGCAGUAGGGGCUACCUCGGGGCGGUGGCCCACUGACCACACCCUCUGCUGACCCUAGACCUCAAAUCUGGAGUCACCAGGGGUCCUGUUCCUGAAAGUUGCAAGAAUGGGGGAGGAAGGUGUUAAGUCUCUUAAGUCUUACAGGGGUGGGAGGACCGGGGAGUAGGAUGUGGUUUUCCCCCAAUAAUCAGACCUCCUAGACACAUCCCCAACCCCUGCCCUGGGUGUGGAGUGGGUGGCUGAGUCUGGAGCCGGGAGGGUCUGUCACUCUAGGGUGGAUGGGGUGAGGGCCCUAGCAUGGGAACCUCACCUGCCCUGCUGAAGUCCUGGGUGCUGUAAAGACAGGGGCAGGCCUUCUGUCUCCCCACAGGCUCUGUUCACUUGCAGACACCAUACAGAGCCUUCAUUCAUUCAUUCAUUCACAAUGAACGUGGGGUGCCCCUGUGUAACAGACGUGGAUCAAGACACCUGCCUCCCGAGACUCAGCUUCUGCCAGACCCUCCUGGAGCACACGGUGUCAGCUGAGAGCAUCCCCUGCCACUUGCCUGGGACACCUGGCACCAGUCUCACAUGGCAUGACUCCCGCAGCCAGAGGGCGGCCAGCAGCAGGCCAAUCAAGCUCCUGCAGCAGCCCGGCACAGAGACCCCCCAGGGCCGGCUGUACUCUGAUCACUAUGGCAUGUACCACACAAGCCCCUCGCUGGGCGGCCUGACCCGGCCCGUGGUCCUGUGGAGUCAGCAGGAUGUCUGCAAGUGGCUCAAGAAGCACUGUCCCCACAACUACCUCGUCUACGUGGAGGCCUUCUCCCAGCAUGCCAUCACCGGCCGGGCACUGCUGCGGCUGAAUGCGGAGAAGCUGCAGCGGAUGGGGCUGGCCCAGGAGGCCCAGAGGCAGGAGGUGCUGCAGCAGGUGCUCCGCCUGCAGGUGCGUGAGGAGGGGCGGAGCCUGCAGCUGCUCAGCCAAGCUUCCUUUGGGAAAAUGUCCUAGCUGCUGCUGAGGCUUGAACCCAGACCCCAGCACUGUGACGGGAGUCCACGGCUAGGGAGGAGGCAGAACUGGCCCCGCAGCCCCUCUUGGACCCUGCAGGAUGCCGGGGCGGUCAGGCUGGCCCAACGGACAGACAGGACCAGGAUCACCACUCCCGGCGCCUCUGGUUGGACAUUCCAGGUCAUGCCCUGGGGCUGGGUGGGUAGGGGCUGCUUGAGUGUGGCCCCACCUCCUGGGACCUGAGCCCAAGCCCUCCCCUAGUGCUGCUGGCAGCAUGUGGGGCAGCUGCCUGGAGCCAGAGCCGGUUUGGAUGUCCCCCCAGACUCCCAGGGAGUCUGUUUAUUUACAUUCCCCUCUCCACGUGAUGUCCGUCCCCCAUCGCCUGCUGAGUCAUCUGUCUGUCCACCCACCCAGCCCAGUUCUAGGCAGUUCCCCAGCACCUCCAGGUUGGCCCACACAGGUGCCAUAAGUUGCCUUGGCUCCCUGUGGCUUGUGCCCAUGCCCCUGCCGGAGCCCAGCAGGCCCACCCAUCAUCUAGAGCAGUGGCCAUCAGCACCUGCCCAGCGGCACCAUGUCAGACACUUUCAUCAUUAUUUAUACAUCCUCACCACACCCCCUCUAUUCAUGAGAAGAAAGCUGAGAAAGGCCCAGAUUGACCAAGCACCAGAGACAAAAUGUGGCACAACAAGGACCUCAGCACUGUCCAGGUGGCUCUGUGCCCAGGGCCCAGGCUCAGCAGUGCUCCCUGCCCUAUCUUUGGGAAAAUCUUGCUUUUACGGUGGUCCCCACUCCCGCCCUCAAGAACAAGGGCCUUGUGCGUGGGCUUUCCCAUUGCCGCUUUCCCAAGAAGGCCUGUGAGGAUUCAGGGGAGAGGCCUCCCCAGGGCCGCUUCCCCUACACCCGCCCAGAGACCCGAGCAACCCCUCUCUGGGUGGUUCAGGGCUGGUGCUGCCUGGCGGAAGGACAGUGAGGGCAGCCCUGGCCAGCCCCGCCCUCUUGUGCCUCUGCCCUCUCCCGAUCCCCUCGGGGCUUCUGAAAAUCUCAGGGACAGAUGAGGCUGAGCCCCCAGUCCCCUCUGUGUGCUUUGAGCCUCCAGACUCAAGGCUGGUCACUGCGGGUCCCAGGUAGAAUUUGGACAACUGGCCUGGCCGCUCCCCUCCCGUAAGCCCCCAACAAGGGGAGACCCUCAUCCCUGCCCCUGUGUGGCUGCCCAAGUAUUCUGCCUGCCUCCCACCAUCAGCCCUCACCCGGGAUGCCCGUCCGCCUCUGCUCCCCUCCCUCCUCCUCUGUCUUGCCCUGGCUCACGCACGCCUGUCUCGUCUUCCUUGUUUUGUGCUCACUUUUUUAUACUCUGACAAAAAAAUAAUAAUAAUAAUCAGAAAUAAAGCUGGUUCCCAAGUGCUGGC